CCCACUUCUCACAGCCUCUUCCAUCUCUUAAAAACUCCCAUCUCUCAGCACACCACUCUCAGAGGAAACUCUUCAGCCGGAGGGACAGUGCUGAAGAGCACAAAUCAAGGAAACAAUGGCAAAGAAGGUCGCAGUGAUUGGAGCAGGAGUCAGUGGCCUGAUCUCCCUAAAGUGCUGUGUGGAUGAGGGUCUGGAGCCCACUUGCUUCGAAAGAACUGAAGAUAUUGGAGGACUGUGGAGAUUCAAAGAAAACGUGGAAGAUGGCCGAGCAAGCAUCUAUCACUCUGUCAUCACCAACACCAGCAAAGAGAUGUCCUGCUUCAGUGACUUCCCAAUGCCCGAGGACUUCCCCAACUUCCUGCACAACUCUAAACUCCUGGAAUACUUCAGGAUUUUCGCCAAGAAGUUUGACCUUCUAAAAUAUAUUCAGUUUCAGACAACUGUCAUUAGUGUGAAAAAACACCCAAAUUUUGCAACUUCUGGGCAAUGGGAAGUUUCUGUUCAGAGCAACGGCCAGGAGCAACGUGCUGUCUUUGACGCAGUUAUGGUUUGCAGCGGCCAUCACAUCCAACCUCACCUGCCACUGCAGUCGUUUCCAGGUAUCGAGAAGUUCAAAGGCCAGUAUUUCCAUAGCCGCCAAUACAAGCACCCUGCUGGGUUUGAAGGGAAACGCAUCCUGGUGGUUGGAAUAGGAAACUCAGCCUCAGAUAUUGCCUCUGAACUGAGCAAGGAGGCCUCACAGGUGUUUAUCAGCACCAGACAUGGUGCCUGGGUCAUGAGCCGAAUCUCUGAAGAUGGCUACCCUUGGGACAUGGUGUUCCACACUAGAUUUAGCUCCAUGCUCCGAAAUGUCCUGCCUCGAAAUGUCGUCAAGUGGAUGAUGGAACAGCAAAUGAAUCGAUGGUUCAAUCAUGAAAAUUAUGGUCUGGUGCCUCAAAACAAAUACCUUAUGAAAGAGCCCGUAUUAAAUGAUGAUCUCCCCAGUCGCCUGCUGUACGGAGCCGUGAAGGUGAAAACCAGAGUGAAGGAGCUCACGGAGACGGCCGCGGUGUUUGAGGACGGCACUGUGGAGGAGGACAUUGAUGUCAUUGUCUUUGCCACGGGCUAUACUUUCUCUUUCCCUUUCCUGGAGGAGUCGCUUGUGAAAGUGGAGGCUAAUAGGGUCUCGCUGUACAAAUCCAUGUUCCCCCCUCAGCUGGAGAAGCCAACCCUGGCAUGCAUCGGUCUCAUCCAGCCUCUGGGAUCCAUCUUCCCGACUGUGGAGCUUCAGGCGCGUUGGGCGACGAGAGUUUUCAAAGGUUUGUGCAGCUUGCCCUCGGAAACAGCUAUGAAGAAGGACAUUGUUGAAAGGAAUGAAAAAAGAAUUGAGCUGUUGUUGACCUUGGGCAGUGGGAUAUGGAGCUCGAGUGAAUCUGCCAUUCUCUUCAUCCUGAGAAGCAGAGGGAUUUCCUGGAGUGCUCUGAAAGAUCUUCGCGUCUACUCUCACAUUCAGUAUUACAAUUUUCUAUUGUCGCUUUUGAUUGCUAGUGGAGUCAUUUCUCCUGAUAGCAAACUGCUUUUCAUGGACUUCUGCACUGUGCGGGAUGAGCUUGAUCAGCCUUUCGGAGAGAUCCAGCGAAGACUGUUUCGAGUUCAAGCGGGGUGGUUCCAUGUGUUGAUGGUGGACAGUGUUGGAGUCAGUGCGAAGCCUUUUAUCGAUGUUUGGAGGUGGAGCCGGGGUCUUCCUGUUUUGUUAUUGCACAUCAGAGACGAACGGUCUCAGCAGAACACAGCUCCCCCGGCCAGUGACCCUGGAGGAACUGUGCCGCCAUCCCUGGCUCCACAGGUGACCCAUGCGUCCCUCUUGGGGUUCUCCUUGUUAGCUAGCCUCUCUGGAGCUGCCCUCACAGUGUUCUUACAAGUCCAUGCUAUUAACACACGGCCAGAAAAUUCUCAAACCUGCACCAAGCCUGACUGUGCCGUGGACUCCACAAAGGUGAAUCCUAAGCUCCCCUUCCACUCCAGUUCCUCCCUGCAGCCACUGGUGACUAGUGGUGAAUUAUACUCCAACAGUACUGCUGUGGCCUUGGCAGAAUGCCAGGAGAGAGCCAAGCAGGGCAGUGCUGUGGCACCUGUGAUGGCCACAAGUGUCUUGGAUCCUAGUCCCAACCCCACCCUACCAGCUGCUGCGCCGUUUUCUGUGAUGUCCCCAAACCAAUCGGAGUGUCAACGUUAA